AUGAUUAUUGGGAAUGGUAAAUUGUUAAUGAUUGAUAUGCUUUGGUAUGGUCGAUUCCAAGAUUUUCCACCUCUAUCUGGAUUUCAUAGUGUCACUGUUCAAGAUGCCAGUGGAGUCAAGUCAACACACUAUGCAUGGCAGCCAUAUCCACCAUUUAUCAAAGCUGUCUAUCCAUCAUUCACUGCCAAUGGAUUGGUUACACUGAUUGGUGAUAACUUUGGUGAUAGCACCGAUAAUCUAGUAUUUGUUAAUGUUUCAACAUCUAAUAUUACUUGUAAUAUUAUGUUUGCAUCACCAAAUCAGAUUUUUUGUAAACUCGAAACAUCUCUCGAUGCAACUACCAAAUUGCUUCCGAUUUCAAUUUCAGUUGAUGAUGUUUAUACUCAAACCUAUAACCUUAUAUUUGAUGGGGCAACCAAUUCUAUUCAACCAUUCUAUUUGGUGGAGAAUAUCAAAAAGACAAUCGAUUGA